AUGACUACAUUCUCGCAAUUAAAUGACCUUCAACGAAAAUCCCUGGUGGAUUUAUUCGCUUACAUUAAACAUUUUAAUCAAAAUUUCACCGCAGCUGCACUCGAUGGUAAUUCUUCCACCAGCUUUCUCGAGAAUAUGAAAUCUACUUCUGCCAGCCUCUUCACCCAUUUCAUUUAUCAAUCCAACGUAACUGUUGACCAAAAGACAUUUAAAACUCUAAGGCAGGAAAAUAAAGAGUGGGAUGAGGAGAUUAAAAAGUUCAAGAAAUUUGUGGCAUUGUUGAAUAAAGGGAGCAACAAGCAGUUAAUUAACAAAGGUUUUUGUCGUCGCGUUUACGAGCCGUCCGGAAUUGACGAUAGUGGGAAUGAGGAAUUGCUAUCUGAAAAUUCAACGACAAGAAAAGAAGUAAGGGAAAGAGAUAUAGAAAAUAAUGCAUGGGAAAAAGAAAACGAGAAGAGGGAAGGUGAAACGAAAGAGGUCAACAAUCACAGGGAUGAAAAAGUUAAAAGAAAGUCAACACAAAACAGUCAACGAAAAUUGGAUAAAAAACAUAAUAUGAUGAGUAAAGAGAAAGACGAAUUAUUAAAAGAGAAAUCAAUGUUGAUUAAAGAGAAAGACGAAUUAUUAAAAGUUAAAGACGAAGUAUUAAAAAGGAAGGAAGGAAUUUCCAAAAUAAAAGAUGAUUUGGUGAAGGAGAAAGAAAGAACCAAAAAGUAUUUGAAUAGCUCAAAGGAAAGAGGGAUUAACGACAGGAAUGUAAAUGCUAACAAAAAGGGUAAAAAUUAUCUCGCCACUUUUCUUAGAAAAGAGGACGCAGAGACUGAUGAUUCCUGUGAACAACGAUUUGAUGUCCAUAAGAGAAAGGUUCGUUGUACACCGCAGCUUUUGAUUGAUGAAUCGGAAGUAGAAGAUAUGGCAGAUUUGGUGAAGUUCGGAUAUAUUUCAAAGGCGGAAUAUAUGAUGAAAAGAUUUGAGGAGAUUAACCAAAAGGUUAAGAAGCAUAAGAAUGAUGAAGAUGGGAAAAUAAUGGGCACAAAAAAAAACAAGAAACGAAAUCACGUGUAG